AAGAGUUCACGUGUGGGUUUGUUUUCGGACCGAGCGGAGACAGGAAGUUACUCCCUUGUCGGCUUUGUUUCCAUGGUAAUGGCAAUAUGGCAGAACUCUUGACUUGGGUCUUCGAUCGCUACAGUCCUCGGGGACGCGAGUCGUCUCUUUCUCUUUCUCCUCCUGAGGGAGAAGCCCGCUCACUGUCUUGUAUCCUGCUGGGGGGCCGGGGUUGUGGCAAGACGUGCCUUCUGUUUCUAACAGCGGUGAUGGCGGCUUCCGAACUGGGGCGGAAAGUCAUCUUUCUGAGCCCCACUCCGAUCCAGACCCUCCCUGCUCCGCUGAUGGAAGCGCGGGCAGGCUUGGACCCCGCUAGCCUGAAAAAAAUCAAGUUCGUGUACCCCCGGACGGCGGAGGAGCUUCUGCGGGACGUCGCGUGCCUGCACGAGGCAGCCGGCGCGCCGCCCUCCCUCCUCAUCGUCGACGGCUUGGAGUGCUACCUGCGCUGGGGAGGGGAGGGCGAGCAGGCGCACCAGAUGGCCGCGCGCCUCUCCGCCCUGCUGUGCGACACCUCCACCUUCCUGAGCCGGGCCCGCGCCGGGGCCCCCGGAGACCCCCCCGCCGAGUGCCAGCUCAUCGUGUCCUUGGAUACCCACCCGGAACGCGGAGCCGAGGCGUCGGGCAGCGAUUCGGUCCUCUCCGUCUUCGAGCGCUACUUCCCCGUCAGGUGCACGCUGGGAAGAGACGCCAGCUGUGCAGGGACAAGAGCUUGCCGGAUUUAUUUCUCCGGUUUCCAGCAGACGGAAGGACGGGACUCUGGACUGGGACGCCAUUGGGAGCUGGUCUAUACCCCAAGCGGAGCCAUGGAGUUUACCCCAAUCCCAGAAAAGAGCCAGGAAUGAGAUUCCCUUGUGGCUGGAAAU